AUGUGGAUGUUGCUUGACACAAUAUUGACCAAAGGAUUUGAUAAAUGUGACCAACAUUCCUCGCGCUCAGCUUUCCAGACUGGAGCCUCCGAGAAUGCAAGGGAAUCUACCACAAAUUCUCUGACAAAUCAGAAGAUGAUAGAGAAUGGGAAUCCCCGGACCAUCAAACACAGGAAAUCAGAUGACCCCAGAGAUUAUGGGCCUUUCUAUUAUGUUGCAGGCACAAAUGGAACUGAUCUAAUUGUCAACUACUGUGAAAACAGGGGAUGGAAACGAAUCUUUGACAACAACAGAGGAGACUACAUCUUUAAGUGGUCGGAAUUCAAAAUGAUUUCCAACUAUCAGAACUUCCGUCCAGGUCGGCAAAUAUUAAACCAGAUCCCAAACAACAGGAUCCUGACUACGAAAGCUGGCCUAUGCAGUUCGCUCAAGGAAUAUGAACGAAUAGCAAUUAAAUAUUCAAAAGUAAUAUUUUGCAAGUCCAUAAGAUUGGAUGAAUUUUUCCCUCAGUCAUUCCGCAUUGAUCUGCAAAGUGAUCGCCAAGCCUUUUUUGAUGCCUUCAGAGAUGGGCAGAUUUGGAUUUGUAAACCUUCCAAUUUACAAGAGGGUCGGGGGAUCUUCCUCCUGAAAUCUCGGGAAGACCUGGCUGUAUUCCGUGCAAAGGUGGAAAGUGUGGAAGAUAAUCCAAUGAUCAAACCAAUUCACUAUAAUUCCAUCAUUCACAGAGUGGUGCAAAGAUAUGUUGUCAGGCCCUUACUCCUGGAAGGAAGGAAGUUCGAUGUUCGCUCAUACUUUUUGAUUGCCUGCACGGCCCCUUUUAUGGCUUUCUUUCACCAUGGUUAUGCCAGAUCAACAUGCAACAGAUACGAUCCUUUCUCUGAUGAUCUGACAAGUCACCUGACCAAUCAGUUCAUACAGAGAAAGAAUCCCCUGUACAAUGGAAUGAAGGAGGAAACAAUCUGGUCUAUGGAACGAUUGAAUAAGUAUAUUAAUGAGAGGUAUAUGAAAGAAAAGCAUCUCCCAAAGGACUGGGUCUUCACUGUUUUUGCAAGGAAGAUGCAGGAAAUUAUGACAAUAUGCUUCAAUACUGCCAGGACCAAACUGGAUCCUAAAUUGGGCUACUUUGACCUAAUGGGCUGCGACUUUAUUAUUGAUCAAAAUUUCAAGGUUUGGUUACUGGAGAUGAAUGCCAAUCCAUCUUUACAUAGACACUGUUCAGUUCUCAAAUCGCUUAUCCCUCAAUUAGUCUACGAAGCGCUUGAUGUGGUACUUGAGAUAUUCAAAAAAUGUAGUAACGGAGCAUACAUCUUACCACUUCAGUCACAGAAGGAGUUUGUCCUCAUAUAUAACAAUUGCCAUCUGUCUCAGAUUCCAAGACCAUUAAGGGUUGGAAGGACCUCUCCCACAAUUUCUAAGCAGUCUUCCCAGCUAUGUCCACGUACUUUGAAGCGUCCAGUGAGAAAGUCUUUAAGAAAACCAUCAGCGAUCACAUCUCUAUCAGAUCAUGCUGGUGCUGAAAUGAAACCUCUCCAGAAAGCCGUUUCCAUGCUAUCCCAUGGUCAACUACCAGUCAUCGCCCAGAUACAGAGCUUUUACUGUUCAGAGUCCAAAGCUAAAACCAACCACUUCAUAAGAAGCCAGACUGCCUCUUUGGAAGGAUGGAGUCAACUGCAAACCAGUGAUUCCAAACCAAUGCUGAUGACUACUCCGUUCAUAUCUGGACUCAACAAAAGUUUUGCUGCCAUUCCGAAAAAGAGCAAGAGCUUGGAAUGUAGUCUACUCUCCAAGUAG